AUGAUUCCAAUAUAAAAAUUAGCUUCUUUAUUGAUUCGUACAUUCUCAAGACCUUUGUCGAAUUAAAUUAAGAGAUACGCAUUGAAUAAGCAUAGAUCAAGAAAGCCAAGUCUUAUAAAAACUAGCUUUGUGUUCCUAGGAAACAAAUACCAUAAUUUUGAGACUUUUUUAAAUCGAAAAUCUAUUGGAAUAAAAAGUUAAGAAAUGUUUUUUAAACCUUUGACUGAUGAAGCAGCCUUAACUAAAGGUUCUGAUUUAUUUGCAGAUAUAUUUGUGUAUUCAUGUGUUCUAGGAAUUCCUUUGUUAGAAUUAUACAAAUCUCAAAGAGAUGCGACCAAGAAAUCAUAAGAUUAAGAUGCUGCUCUUGAAAAUUAUCAAACUGUAAAUAUAUAGACAAAAUAGAGUAAAUAGACAAUCUGA